UAAUAGGGAUGAUUCUUAGUGCCAGCCUUAGCCAGAGCCACCAAGUGGGAACCGGCAGCCAGACCGAGGAUACCAACCAUUGGGAGUAGGAAACCAGGCAGGGGACUGCCUGCGCAGAAGGGAAUUAAGCUCUCCUGGCUGUGGAGGAUGGGAGAUGGAAUAGCCAAGCCCUCCCUUCUAACAGCCACCAUCCCUGUCUGUAGGGCUGACUCAGCCUGUUCCAAGGCCCAGAACCAUCUUUUGCUAGACCCCAGAGCCUUUGUCCUUAGUCAUGAGGCCUGAGGGGGUGGGGACAGUGGAUAAAAGGCCCCAAAGGCAGCACCACACCCUUCCACUGGGCUGCUGUUCACAUGAAGCCGCCAAUGCAACCCCUAACCCAGGCCCUGCCCUCCUCCCUGGGAAAUGUCCUUCGAGGCACCGGUCUCCAGGUGCCUGUCAUUAAGAUGGGCACAGGGUGGGAGGGCUUACAGCGAACUCUAAAGGAAAUAGCCUACAUCCUCCUCUGUUGCUGGUGUGUCAAGGAAUUACUGGAUUAGCGGUGGUGGGGAGCACCUCCUGUCACCCCUGACACCAAGACCUGCAUCACUCAGGUGGGUGGGGAGGGCAGACGUCAGGGGGUGUGGCUGCAGCUUCAGUGGUGGAACCUGCAGCCCAGCUGUCCCAUAUUUUCUUUAGGACUCCUGGAGCCAGCUGGCCUCACCAAGGUGGGCCACCAACACGGGAAGAGUGAAAUACGAACCCUGCUUUGAGUUGUCCAUCUGUCUGACCUGCCUGGGGCACCCAUUCCCAGCUCCCGUCUCUGCUGUAUGUCUGGUAGGCACGAGCUUGGCUUGCUGGCUAAGACGCCAAUGAGACUGCAGCCUCCAAAGUGGGUAGAAUGAGCCCACCAACUCAGGUGACUGCUCUUACCAUGUACUUGAAGAACCAGGAACUGCCCCUAAGAUCUCUGGGAAUCCUGAACCACACAUAAAAUAAAUGGGCCCUUGAGGCCAAAAAUCCUAAAUGUCUAAAGGGGAAUGAGGACAUGUGUGCCCGGAAAGGGCUUUAGAGCCGGAGUGCGGACCAAGGAAGAAGGAUGGAUCUCCGGAGAAUUGAGACAAAACAAAACAGGUUUGCUGACUCUGGUGCCAGAGUAGAAGAGCAGAACAGAAACACCAGGUUCCUCCCGGCCUCUGUGAUAGCAGAAUAGAAUGAGCUUUAUUCUGUGAGUCCCAGGGUACUAGGAUGGGGAUCCAAGAGACUCAGCCUUUUUCCAAAUAGGAGAUGUGCCCUAGGAAGUUCCUGUCUCUAAGGAACAUGGGACCCAGCUUGUGGAAGGUGUCCCCGUUCACACAGCUAUGAGAGAAAACAUCUGUGUGUUCACACCAGUCCCUCAGGCCUAUCACAGCACACCUCUCUCAGGAGUCUGAGUGAGUACACCAACCCUCUCUUAGCAACAGCAACAGUUUGUGUGCGUGUUUAUUAAUUUGUUCACAUGGAUCACCGCCUCACCUAAGCCCCCUUUCUCUCUGAGCACCCUGGCCUGUCACUGCCCACCUCUUAACUGCAACACCAACCUGGAGGUAGUGGAGGUAGUAUUUAGUUCCUGUCUCCCUCCCUGAGGCUAGCUCUUCUUUAGUCUUUUUCUUAGUCAACUCCUUUUUCUCUGGGCCUUUUGGGGUUUGUUUAUUGUUGGUUGUCUGGUUGGUUGUUUGAGUUUGGGGGUUGGGGACUGAACCCAGGGCUGUGCACUUAUGCUAUCCCAAACCCUGAUUUUUGUUGUCAUACAGAUACACUGAACUAGUUGUGGUGGCGCACGCCUUUAAUUCCAGCACUUGGGAGGCAGCGGCAGGCAGAUUUUGAGACUAACCUGAUCUACACAGCAAGUUCUAGGCCAGCCAGGGCUACAAGUAAAUACAUAAAUAAACACUUUUGUUUGUUUGUUUUGUGAAAUGGGUUUCUCUGUGUAAC